AGCGAAUCGUUCCGAUGUCUGGUUAAAGAUUUGCAUUCAAAUUUCGUCAUUUUCUUCAAGUUCAUUUCAUUUCACUUCACUUUACUUCAUCGGAUUUCAUUUCUUACUUCGUCCCACGUGUUAAGCACAGGGUGAAAAAUUUGAAAUGACAGAAUUCUCAAGUCCUUUACAUGCCAACGAGGGGAAAUUCAGUUUCAUUCACUAUGUAUCAUACUCAGUCAAAUGAAUGAAAAUGAACAGGAAUCUUGAACCACACUACUUUCCCCGGAUCACUUCGCAACCAACCCGGAAUCUGUUUCGGGUAUUUUGCGAGCAACAACUCCAGCCGAGUAUUAGCAAGUCAGUCUUCAACAUGUGUAACAGUCCAGCUGCUUUUUAACACACACGACUUUUGUGCACGAAAACAAGUCAAAAUAUUUCUUUCGAAAAUUUUCCUGUAACAUUAAAUGGACAUGGAACUGAAUUUUGUAGGUCACGGAUAUAAAUUGAGGACAGGUUACGAACUCAUAUACUGCGUCCUCCCGUACAUCGAAGACCAGCGGUACACUUUCGGACACUCGUACGAAGGUUGUGGGGAUGAUGAAGAGUUCCUACUUUUGUUAAGGAUCCGAUGGUUCGAGGAGGCGAAGUUCUCAUCCGCCCGUUUCCAAAUUUCCUGUCGCCAUGGCAACUACUGGAUUAAGCGGUUGUCGGCUGCCAAAAAUUACGCAAUAUUCGUAAAUGGAACCGACGUCCGUGAUACCACGGAUGGAAUGAAGAUAUCGCCCGGGGACAUUUUCGUCCUUGCGGAAAACAUCUUGCCGAAGAUUACCCGCCAUCGCGCUGGAGGAAACUAAAGUUGAAGGUUUUUUCAAAAAUGAAGAAACGCCCAGACGAUUUUCAGAACACGUUCGAUUUCCGCUUCCAGCCUCGAAGCGAUCCCAUCACGUCCGACCCGCCUGACAAUUACGCAUCAGACUCCGCCAUCCUUGCCUAUUUCCCACGUGACACAGCCGAAUCUUAUAUCGCCCUGGAAAACACGUUGAUACUCUCCAAAAUAUUUUCCCACUUGGGCCUCUCAACCUUAAAGAUCUGCCGCCUCGUGUCAUCCCUCUGGGAGAGUGAAGCCGUCCCCUGGCUCAAGUCUCGAUCCGAAAUUCGGUUCCAGUUUUACGCCUACCGCGAACCCGCAAUGUCGAUGAAGUUCUUCUUCUAUACGAGUGAAAUGCUGCCCUUUGCCCAUCCGAAUUGGCACAUGGACCGUCUCAAUACUGGCGAUACGGCGACGUUGUCUAAAUUAGGGGACGAUUUGGACCGGAUCCUUAAAAAUUGUCACCCGAUGAUCCGGCGCCUAAGUUGUGUUUAUUGUCACACCAUAAAUAACGCGCUCUUGGCCAAAUUGCUGAAUCGAUUUGCCGCGUCUUUAGAGGAAUUGUCGGUUUGGUUCGAUGAUUGUGAAAACGCGGAGGAAGAUAUUACCGAAUUUUUCAACUUGAUAGAUUUCCCGCUCCUUAAAAGAUUCGAGAUCGAUAUGGGUUGCAGUGUUUUGUCGACGAUUAAUCCCGCAUGGUAUGUAAAUUUGACCCGUUCCCUGAUCAAAUUGAGUAGCAGGGUAUCCGCGCUGUACCUCAAGUCGAACAGCGCCCCGCUGAAUACGUAUUGUUUGCGGGAAAUUUUUUCGAAUAGAGAAUACCCGAGGUUGAGGGAGGUUCGGAUUAAAAAAAUUGAUUCGGAUGGGAUGGAAGUUUUGCGGGGUUUGAGGGCGGGUUUGGUUCGGCUGGAGAUUAAUGGGUUUUCCGAUGAGUGUGAGAUUCGACAGGUGGAAGAGGUCGUGCAGAGACAGAGAGAGUCGUUGGAGUUUCUGCGUCUCGAAGUGCCCCCGGACUGGGGGGUGGUUCCCGUGGGGGAAAUGCCUUUGUUGAAAAGGAAAGAGAUUUUCUUUAAACAAUUUUAGGCAAUAGGUUUAGGAUUUAUACUUUCAAUACCCUUGUUUAAAGUGCAAAUUUCUAAAUACCCUUAAUUAAUUAAAUUUUUAAUUCCUGUAUUUAUCAUUGCAUGGACCAUUAGCAUUGUUAGAAUUUUUAUACGAAAGUAAUUACUAUUUUAUUGCUAUGUUACGUUUAUUGAUUACUAUUGAUUAAUUACUGUUAUUUGCAUCACCCGAAGUAUUUACAUACAUCGGGGGUAGUAGAUGAUCGGUAAGAAUUGUAAGAAAACAUAGCCUUGAAAGCGUUAAAUGAGCCAUCUCAUCGGAUAUGAACAUGAUAUGAGAUGAGUUACGACUUUAUGCAUGUAAAUAAUCUGGUAAUAAACAUUACCGAAAAGCACAA